CGAGUGUUUGUCGGGUUGGGCAAUGAGGUGAUGAUGGCCUACGGGGGAGCAGCCGCAGCGGCCGGCCGAUCAGGUAGCGGCAUGGCAGGGAGCCGGGCCGUGCAGUGCGUCAGCCGGGCGGGGAGUACGGCAGCCCUCGAGCAGCCCUCCCAGCACCACCACCAGCAGCAGAUGCAGCCGACGGAGUACAGUCCCCGGGGGACCCCGACAUUGGCAGCCGCGGCGGCCGCUGCGGCCAUCGAGGGACCCGUGCCCUACGCCACCACGGGGGUACAGCAGCCCGGUUACAGUCCCCAAAACAGCCCCAUCAACACGGCGGUGCAGGCAAACACCGGUGCCGGUAACAACGCCGGGGCCAACGGACAAGUGCCGGCUUUUGGAUUCACCCAGGAACAGGUCGCCUGCGUCUGCGAGACGAUGGUGUCGUCUGUCCAGGUGCUCCAGCAGGCGGGCAGCGUCGACCGGCUGGCCCGUUUCCUCUGGUCCCUGCCCGAGUGCUCCCGCCUACGCGAAAACGAGAGCGUACUCAAGGCCCAGGCGGUGGUCGCCUUCCACACCGGCAAGUUCAAGGAGCUCUACCAGAUCCUCGAGAACAACAACUUCAACUAUCAAAAUCACGCCAAGCUGCAGAUGCUGUGGCUCAAGGCCCACUACAUCGAGGCAGAGAGGCUCAGGGGCAGGCCCCUCGGGGCUGUCGGCAAAUACAGGGUGAGGCGCAAAUUUCCCCUGCCCAGGACGAUAUGGGACGGCGAGGAGACGUCGUACUGUUUCAAGGAAAAGUCAAGGCUAGUGCUGAGGAAGUGGUACGAGACGAAUCCGUACCCAUCGCCCCGGGAAAAGCAGGAUCUCGCCGAGACGACGGGCCUGACGACGGUGCAGGUCAGCAAUUGGUUCAAAAAUCGGCGACAACGGGAUCGAGCCUCCGAACAAAAUAAUCAAAAGGGCGAAAAAAGCCAAAUCGUCCACGACCCGGGCGACUCGAGCUACGAAAGCGGCGACGAGACGAAGCGGCAAUCGGUCAGCCAGCAAUCCCACCAGUCGACCUCGUGCGCGGUCCAGCAACAACAACAGCCAACGUCGCAUCAGCAGCAACAGCUGGUCGACCACCACCAGCAACAGUCGAGCUCCAGUAUGUACCAGCUUCCGGCCCAAGUGUCGCCCAGCCCGCACUCGUACCACCAACCCAGCCACGCGAGCUCUGGUCUCGGACACCACAUGCAACAGCAGCAUCAACAAACCCAGCCAACGCAACAGCAGCAGCAGCAGCACCACGAGACGAGCGCGGAGGGAAGCGGCAUCGACGACAAGAGGAACCUUCACCACCAGCUCCAGCACCACUUGGCGGCCGCAGCGCACGGGCUCGUCCAUCCCACCGCCACGCUACCGUCCCAGUCGAGCUGCGCCCAGCAAAAGAGCCAACUCGACUACAUGCAGUACUACAGCUCUCAGGAGUACCUGAUAGGCACACCGAGCUCGGCCGAGUUGCAAAAGUCCCUGCCACAUACGGCCACGUCGAUGCAGAUGGGGGCGAUAGCACCUACGAUGGGCGGCCUGAGCCCGAUGGGCCCGUCCUCGAUGAUGCCCGCGACGGUGCAGGCCGUCAACCACACGAUGAACGGCAUGUCGAUGAACGGCAUGGGCAUGGGCGCUUACCAAGGCAUGGGCACGAUGGCCAUGUCCAGCGGCCACCACCACCACCACCACCACCACCACCCGAGCUACCACGGAGCCAGUCUCGUGCUCGGUGAUUACCAUUCCUUGUGACCUUGGGCGGCUCGCCCGAGACGUAAACACAAUCAGCAUCAGCAGCAUCCUCACCCCUACCAUCAUCAUCACCCCCAUGCCUAUUUCAACGAGUUUCAUCAGCAGCGCCAUCAUCAUCAUCAUCAUCAGGAUAAGGGAUGGGAGUCCCCACAGCAGAUGCAGCCCCAACAGCUGCACACCCAACCCCUGCAGCAGCAACAGCACAGCCCAAGCAGCAAGCCGGUGACUAUUGUUCAAGCACGAAUUUACUGUCUCGCGGAGUAGACCGGACAUUUUUCCGUACACACAAUGUCAUUUACAUAAAAUACAUCAUCGUUACAUAUAUGUAUAUUAUAUACGUAUGUAAGCCGUAGCACAAGAUGAUGACCAGUUUUCUUUUUUUUUCCCCCCUUGUUUCAUCACCCCUAAGAUACAUACCUACGUACAUUGUGUAUGGGUUUACUGUAGUGUACAAACGGGUUAACGGAUCAAUGGUUAAUUUUCAAAGAUUUUUUUCCUCUCGAUUCGGUUUUCCUUGUUUAUCCGUUUUUUUUUUUUUUCGCAAUAGUAUAACAACUGCAGAGACUCAACGGUUGAAACGCAUGAGGGUACGGAUAAACUUUGUUGGUUUGAAAAAUUCAGUGUAGCACAAAAUGUAUAACGAUUACGUAACAUAUACAUACAUAUAUACAUAUUACUUGCGUUAUUUUUCUAUGAUAUUUUAAGCGCCGCAUGCACACAUCUUUCAGAUUACAAGAACCUGAAAUUGCAAUAUUACAAGGUAUAGGGUUACAUAUAACCGGAUGGAAAAAAAAAGUGUGAGGGGGAGGGCAACGUUUUGGCAUUUUUCGCGGAUAAAAAGUGUUGUAUCCGUGGUUUUGUAAAUAUAGGGUAGGCUUCGAUGUAGAAAUUUACUCGCGUACAAAGUCUCGUUACGAUAGAUUUUAAAACAAAAACGAACUGAAACCAUUCGCCACAAUGAUAGUUACCUCUAAUUUUUUUUUUUUUUUUUUCUAUACAAAACAAAAAAAGUUGUGUCAAAAAUAAAAAUAUACUUACGAUACUAGUAACGAUACGGACAGAGGAUCGAUUGUAAGCGUAUAUAGGUAUACGAUACAUCGUUUGGAUUAUAAACGAUAAUAAA